AUGUGGCACAUCGCUACCCUCCUUGUUGUACUCAACAUCAUUCUUUUGCAAGUCGAUGCAGCUCGCAUACACCACCCGAGUCAACAUCACAUACAUUUGACGCAUGUACGUCAGCCACACCACAAAGUUGUAGUCGCACACUUCAUGGUUGGGAAUACCCUUCCAUAUCAAUUCCUGGACUGGGUGAAAGAUAUCAGACUCGCCUCAUCCAAAGGAAUUGACGCCUUCGCACUCAACAUUGGGAGUGACCCAUGGCAACCCGACCGAGUCGCCGAUGCGUACAGGGCAGCGAAGGCUGUUAGCGAUUCAAAGAAACUUCUCGGUCAUAUAUCGCAACCAUUCAAGCUUUUCUUAUCCUUUGACAUGAACGCCAUACCUUGCGCCUCCGCUUCAGACGAUAAUCUAAUACGGCACUACGUUGAUACGUACCAUGCACAUCCGAACCAGCUGAUUUACGCCGGACAACCAUUCUAUUCCACUUUCGGAGGCGAGGGGUGCACGUUCGGUGCUCAGGAUUUGAAUGAGGGGUGGAUGAACGUAAUGAAAAAGAAUUCGGUGACGGGGACCCAUUUUGUGCCCUCUUUCUUCAUCGAACCGGCACGCCUUCACAACGUCACAGCUAUCGACGGCGUGUUUAGCUGGAACUCUGCUUGGCCAUUGGGCAACACUGCCAUUACUUUCGACUACGAUCAACAGUAUCUAUCGCAUCUCUCUGGCCGAACAUACAUGGCAGCUGUAUCACCGUGGUUCUUUACCCAUUAUGGGAAGGAUACCUACAACAAGAAUUUUAUAUACCGUCCAGAUGAUUGGCUCUUCGCAACACGUUGGGAGCUCUUGAUCAAGCAGCGCGAGUCAAUCGAUCUAGCUCAAGUCAUAACAUGGAACGAUUAUGGCGAAUCGCACUAUGUCGGUCCGAUUGAAGGUGCACAACCCAACUCCCAGGCGUGGACGGAUGGAUUUGACCAUCAAGGAUGGCUCGACCUCAUGCAUCACUAUAUCAUUGGUUUCAAGACAGGUGAAUACCCCGUCAUCACGCGAGACAGGAUCUUUCUAUGGGGUCGCCUCUCUCCUGCACAAGCCAAUACGCCAGAUCCCAUUGGCAAACCAGCCAACUAUGAUAUCACACGAGACGCCGUUUGGGCAGUCGCCCUACUCCCGAAGGCAGCACACAUCAAGCUCACGUGUGGACCCUCUACCGUCACUAUGGAGUUGCCGAGUGGAUGUUCGAAGCUAAGCCUCCCGUUAACACAGUCAUGCAGUGUGGUUGCCGUUUUGUAUCGGAUGAAGAAGGAAGUGUUGACGUUUGCGCCGAAGGGUUAUACUUUUACAGAGAAUCCGUCGAAUUAUAACUUCAACGCAUUUGUAGCUGCUUCGCCAUGA